AUGGGUUAUUUCAAUUGCUUUGCUUUGGGAUUCUUCGUGGCUCUGUCGCUUGCAAGCAUUGAUGUUGGGGUUGCAGCUCGUCACCUUCAGCAACUGCCUCCAAUGCCAACAUUGCCUACAACCACACUCCCACCAUUCCCAUCUAUCCCUAAUCUCCCACAGCCAUCCAUACCAUCUUUCCCAAGGCCUGGGGCGCUUCCUCCACUUCCUGCCAUGCCUGCUUUGCCCACAUUGCCUAGUGUACCAAGGGCCACAUUGCCCCCUCUACCAAGCAUGCCUUCGAUUCCCACAAUCCCAACUACAAUUCCCUCUAUUCCAUUCUUCUCUCCACCACCUUCUCCUAGUCCUUAA